AUGACGGCCAUGGGCAUUAUAAGAUACGUGGCUAAGACAAAGAAGUCUCAGUCGGCAACCAUUCAGUUGAUUUGCCAUGUUAAGCCAGGCGCAAGCCAGGCUCGUGAGGGUGUGGCCGCCGUCACGAGUGAUGCCAUAGAGCUCUGCGUCUCUGCUCAAGCUAAAGAUGGCGAGGCGAAUAAGGCUGUCACAGUAUUGCUAAGUAGGGCACUGGGUGUCGCGAAGUCUGAUGUCCAGAUUACACAUGGCUUGAAAUCUAGGGACAAAACCAUCUCGGUGACUGGCGCCCUCGCGCAAGGUGAUGAGUCGUCCUGCAUCACUCGAGUUCGUGACCUCCUCGAGAAGGCAGCCGGAAACGAUUGA